CACGCGCGCCAUGACCGAAAGAGAAAAGGUCCAGAUUGCGGAUGCUGCUCUCACGCUGUGCAGACGAUUCAUCAAAGCGCGGGAAAGGUUAAAUGCUACCGAGUUCUUCUUCAAAGGAAUUUUAACCGUCUUUGCUACACAGGGUUGUUGGUCGUUUACAUGUUUAUGGUGAAAUAGUGAAUACGUUUCCUAAACGUAUAGUGGUAUUUCUUCUGUAUACGUAUGUGAACUUCGCCUUAAUUCACUCUAUCCAAUGGAAUAUAUCAAUGCUUUAGCAAUCUCACAAGUUGAGUAUUAAUUGUAAACUGCAAUUUACUGUACUUUCGGAUGACGCCAGUUUGGACGUUUACUAUGUGUAUACACGAUGACAUGAGUACAAUGCUGAGUGAUUAUAUCUAGCGUGUCAUCGCGUGUCACUCUGACACAUAACGUUUAUUGUGUGAGCCUUUCACUGAAAGAGUUCACUUUUUCACCAUCCGUCCCCUUUUUCUAAAUGAAGUUGUGAUAAAUCACAUGUACCUGGUGGCAAGUUUCAAGGCUUCACAAUGGAUGUUUAUUAAAAAACGAGCAACGAUACCAUCACGUGACCUACCUAGAGGUGCCGUAUAGGCGUGAAGUACGGACUUUUGAACAAUAUAAGGUCGUCUGCGUAAAGAAAAGCUUUGUUUUGAGAGUGCAAUUUUUUCCUCUUUUUUCUAAAUAACAAUUGCAUUCCCUAUCUUUUAGACCCUUAUACAACAUACCACAUGCACGCACCGCAAAGCAGCCACUUCUUGACUUGGUUCAGGAAGAUGAACUUCACUAUAAACUAAUGUAUUAAUGGUGACACUAUCUUACACUGGCGUGAUGAAGCAUGAACAGAAGGUCUUGGCUUGCGGAUUAUUCGUUUCAGAUUACAUAUGGAUAAGACUUUUGGAUUAUUCAUUUCGGAUUAUACAUGGAUAGCACAUCAGCCCCCGAUAAAGUAUGGAUGAACGCACUGAAGUCCUCUCGCGAAGUCGAUGCUCUUGCUAGAACUUAUGUAGCUCGGAGAACGUGUUGAUUCGCGACCGAAACACUGUUUGUUGUGACUACAUUAGAUGCACACUUUAGUGCAUUUGGGAUUAAUCAUUAAGUACAUUUCGAGCUUCGGCAUGAACGACAUACUGAUCAAUAAUCUAACGUUGGCUUUCGUCAUGUUUGUGCUGUUAUUCUACCUGGUAAUUCCUGCUGUUUUAGGACAGGACAAAGAGAAUACCACACGAGAUGAUCUAAGUCCAUCUGAUGGAAUGGGAGAGGCCUUAGGGUCACGUGACCACAUGAAACUCCGCUCGGAUCUGUUUUCGAAUGGUCGAUACGACAAGUCGAUUCGACCGGUACGAAAUAUCUCCCAGACCACCCUUGUCGAGAUGCAGUUCUUCGUUGCCCAGGUCUUAGAUGUGGACGAACGAUCAGAGACCUUUAAAAUUAACGCAUGGUUAACUAUGAGAUGGCACGAUGACUACCUGGUAUGGGAACCAACGCGGUAUAACAAUGUCAAAAACUUCAAGAUUACGAGAGACGACGUUUGGAUGCCGGAUCUAUGGCUGUACAACAAUGCUGGAAGUCGGUACGAGGACUACGCAGCCCAUUCAAUCUGCAGUGUAUAUCAUACAGGCAAGGUAGUUUGGCAGUCACCCACCAUCAUUAAGACACAUUGUACCAUGGACGUCACAAACUUUCCCUUUGAUGUGCAGACCUGUACCGUGACCUUUGGCCCCUGGCAACAUGGCGCUAAUGAAAUUAUGCUCAACGGAACAGGUUCCGCCGACAAAUACCUGAGGAGCUCCAGUGAGUGGGAGAUAACGUCGUUCCGCGCCAAGGCCAACCAAGAACCUUACCAAAUCUACUUGGACGACGAGCCCAUCCUCUACAGUUACGUCGAAUACUCCGUCUUCCUCCGUCGCAUCCCGACCUACUUUGUCUUCAACCUCAUCAUGCCCUGCACCCUCAUCUCUGCCACCACCUUCCUUAGUUUCUUCCUGCCACCAGAGUCCGGGGAGAAAGUGAGCCUUGGCAUCACUGUCCUGCUGUCUUUGACUGUCUUCUUGUUGCUUGUUGCGGAGCUUCUACCGCCCUCUGGCGCUGUGCCUAUCAUUGCAAUAUACUACGCAGUUACCAUGGUAAUGGUAUCUCUAUCGCUGGCGAUGUCGGUCGUAGUACUCAAUCUGCAUCACCGCGGACCCGAAACAAGCCCGGUACCACUCUGGUUACGGAAGAUCGUCCUUGGGCGUGUGGGCAAAGUGGUCCUCAUGCGGAAGACAUCUUUCAACCAGGAGAUCUACUACCGAAGCAGGAAGUCUCAACAGUGCCAGGGAACGAGGCUCCUGAACCACUACGAGAUGGAUUCUUACGACGGGAAUUACUGGGAAGAGCACCGGGAUGUAGCCGAAUCCAACAGCAACGGCGGCAGCACCAGGUUGGAUCGUAACGAUAGACAUACGAGACCGUGCUCGCAGCCCGUCACCACGCACAGCCGCAGCUCUUCUAACUCUAUGCGCAUGCGCGAAAUCAACCUCUUGCGAAAGAUCCACGACGACUUCCGGUAUUUAAAAGAGACUCAGAAACGGAAGGAGCACGAGCAGAAAUGCCACAACGAGUGGAAGCAAGUGGCUUUGGUUGUUGAUAGAAUCUUUAUGUUUAUCUAUCUGAUUGGUAUGAUUGCAACCAUUUUGAUUAUUGUCACGCAGGUUACAUCGUGAGGGAAGAUCAGGUCGAAGCGCCAUCGAAUGCGUUGCUCCAGAUCUUUCAUUGUUCGCAGAAGCUCUACCCUAAAGCACAGGGAAAUCGAGCUUCCAAGGGCAACCAAAAUCGACGAUAUUGUUUCAGGCCCAAACCGAAAUGUCGGCGAUUCUGCUUUGUGUGUAACAAAGAUUACUCUUCACUUUGUCGGGUUGGUCUCAAAGAUCCCGAGGAUGUUGUUGCCAUUGUUGAUGACAGUGGUGAUCAAAAUCUCUUCAUAAGCAACAUCCCAUGCUCAAUCUUUUCAAUUUCAAUCCGCAAAAAAGAAGGUCGCAGUAUCUGCAUGCUUUGACUCGCCCUUCUUUUAAGGGGUGUAGAAACAAUGAGCACAGAUUACCCACAGUGAUGUGGGAUAUGAACGAAGCUAAUACGAAUACACGUGUUACAUUUUGAUGGAAUAUAAUUAUUAUUUUGUAAAUACGUUUUGUUGCGGUGUGAUACAAGGAGAUAGGGUAUUGAUCGUUGUUUAAGAAAGCUUAACCAUCAUGUAAAAGGUAGUACAAGUUAUGAGCUAGGUAGAAUAUAAAGUAUCCCAUUCAUAAUGUAUAUCUUGUUCUUCCAUACGUAUUUCAUGUGUUUUGUUGAAUGAUGUAUAACAUCGCUAUAUAUUGAGGUUAUAUGGAGAUUUGAAACAUUUAUCAUUUAUCUAUUUUAAAAAUAUGCACUAUUACAUCGAGAGUGAUUUAAUUAUUUAAUCAUUUACAAAUUUACAAUUUGCACACCCUUUUUUGUGAUAAGAUUUUUCAAUCAUUGCAUGCUCCUUGAAGUGAUUGUCUCAGAUUCUAAGACAAAAUCCUGGAUUUAGCUCAUGCUGCAAUCAUAAUUAGGUCAGUCAUGAAUCCCAUGACUUUUACAAGC